AAACAUACCUGCCAAUCAUUUUCUAGUAAUUAUGAAGUCAUUGGUUAGCUUGUUCAGGUGUGUUUGAUUAGGAUGGAGCUAAACUCUGCAGAACCGUGGACCCUGAUGGCCAAAUUUGAUCUAGCAUGUUGGACUCUGGUUUGAAAAUGUCUGAGACAUUUCUGGGCUUUUCGGAAAGAGGAGGCAUAAUAUGUCUCCCAAGUCAGGUAUGUUUAGGGUGUACCCUGCUGUUCAGACAUGCAGGUCAGCCAGGUUCUCUGUGCAGCAGAUUUAGGAUAACAGCCAAGUCACGUGGGUGGCAGGGAUUAGACAUUCACCAUAAUCCUGUGUAGAUAAAGGGUGGGGAUAAAGCAAGGAGACACAUCAAGCCAUGUUACAUCUGUGUAGAGUGGAAAGGCAAUCACAAUAGCUCUGAAGUGGCAUUUAUAAACAGGAUUUAAUAUCCUCUUAUUUUUUGUCAAACCUUUUUCUUUGUAUUAUACUUCAGGGCAAAACUGGCAUGGAGCGUUCCUCUGAGAUUUCUAAUGUCACAGUGAUCCACACUGACUUGGACCAUCUGGAGACUGGGGAAGAAGAUGGGGAAGAGAUUGAAUUAGCAGAUGGAGUGGAUGAGCACAUUGGAAUGGGAGGUGAGGAUAGAACAACAGGAAAGCAGACAUCUGGCAACCAAAUUUCUGCACCUGAUUUACAACAGAAAGCAGAACUGGCCCCAGUCAUAGUGCAUGUAAAACCGGGAGAAUGGGGCACAAAGAUUGUGGAUAAUGCCAGUGAUGCAGAACAUAAAGAAAUGGAAGCUCCAAACAAAGAUCUUGAUAAAGAGGUAGAAAAGGAGUUGGAGCAAGUGGAGCUCAGAGUGUCUGAAUUACAAGCUGAGGUUGCGCCCCCUGUGCCAACUGAACACCAAUCUCGCACUGCACUACGAACUCAAAACAGACCACAAAGCAAUGCUGAAUUUUUUUCAGUAACUAGCAGAGAACAUGAGCGGAAAUCAGAAAUUCUGUGUAAAGACAAAAAAACAAGAUUUUCAUUAAAGAUGGAGGAUAAGCCAAAGGAGGGACAGUGUGCAGAGAAAAUAGCUGAGCAGAAAGUGGUGGCGUCCUCUAAGGAAGAGGAAAUGAAGCCUCCAAAGAGAUGUCCAGUCGAGCAGAUUGAGACGAAGGUUUACGGUCCUGACCCUACAGACUGGAAGAUCUCUCUCUAUAUAAAGGUACCCAAACAUAUCACAAGCAAAUACUAAAAAUCACCAGGGUUCAAUUUAAUUGAAAAUUAACUGUGAAAUAAAAAGUACAAAGUUAUAAUAAAAAGUAUUGGUAGAGUAACUUACCACUUUGUUGCAUGAAAUGACAUUUUUACCUUCUGACCAAUCAGAUUUCAGAAUUUCUUUACUUGCGGCACCUGUUACAUGUAGAUACUAUUGAGUCUACUGUACCAUUAAAGGCUUUCACUGUGGCUACUCUUAAUCUUUCAAGAAAACUAAAAGCUAGCAUUCAGCAUGUUAUACCAUUUUUGACCACAAGGACAGGACCCUGGCUGUGUCCAAAUAUCCCUAGUACCCGACAUACACAUUAGGUGCAAAUCAGUAUGCCAAAGGAGUAGUAUGUCCGAAUUCUCAGUAUUUAUAAAACGGUAGGCGAUAAAUACCUGGAUGACCUACUGCUUCCGCCCGCCGAGUUUCUAAAAUAUGGAACCACUGGACACUGUGCAUGCUGCACUAGCACAUAAGGCAAUGGUACUAGCAUGGAAGAACUGUCAGAAUCCACGCCGUGUAGUAGGUCCGGAUUGUAUUUAUGCUUAACACUUAUGCUGAUCAGUACAUACUGUAUCAACAGCUGAGUAGUGGGUAUUCGAAUGCAGUAGGUAGUGUCACAGUAUGCGAUUACAUUACCCUGUCUACACUGGAACUGUGGUUGCACAGGCCCCCACUGAAUUUUGGUUGGGCAUCACGAGUCCCAUGACUGAAGCCAGCAGGUUGUCACAUUGUCAGUCAAAAAUGACCCUACAAAUACUUUUUCAUUGCACUGUAAAUAAAGCUGCAGUAGAGAGGUUCACCUUCAUCACCAAGGACUCACCUGAUCAAAGCACCCCAGAGUUGUUCAUGAAUGUCUUUUCAAACACAGUCUCCUUAAAGCUGGGUUCACAUUAUAUGAUAUUGGCCAUGAUUUGGUUGUCUGAGACAAAUUUUGAGAAUCCUAAAAGAUUCCUAUAAUCCCAGGCCGACAUCUGUAAUCUUUGAUGACUAGUUUGACACGUUCACCGACAGCGGAUUAAUUGCCAUUGUGACAAGAAUUUUUUCCUCUGAUUAAAUGAUGUCAGUCAGAAGAUUUGAGGCACUGUCCUGUAGUGUAGCUUCUCCUGUUCUUGUGUGCGUCUGUUUUUCGCACCUUGAUUGUCGUACAGUCUGACAUUAAUGACAACUGAGAUCCUACAGUGUGACAUGACUUAUAGUGGGGAUCAUGUUCAUACAGUCUGAUAAGCAACAGUCGCAAAGGACUAUUAAUAAUCGCACAGUGAGGUUCCUGUCUGAGACCCAAAGUUCUCAGUUCAUUCUACACCUGAACUGUUGAUAGCAUCGUAUCCGUAAACAUGACCUGCUGGUUGUGGAACUGCGCCGCUCUUGACCGCAAAACUCUGCGGCAUGUAGUAAGACCUGCCCAGUGUAUCACAGGAGGGUGAGCUUCUCUCCUUUAGGAUAUUUAUUCCAUUGUGGACCAUAAAAGUCCCCAGACACCCAAACCACAACCUGCUCAUGCUGCUCCCUUCUGGCAGACGAUACGGCUGCAUUAUUGCAUGCCCAAACAGACUCAGUUUUUUCCCACAAGGCAGAAAGAAAUAGACACAUUCUGUAGAAAAGCCUGAAGGCAUUAUUGAAAAAACAUGGGCUGAAAGUGGGUUUGUACAUCCUGA